CGAUCAAGUCACCGUUGCAUCAACCACGCUGAAGAUGGCCAGAGAAGAUGAGCCACGUAAUGAAGAAUUUCAAACACGAGAAUAUUGGGAUAAACGUUAUGCAUCCGAAGCACCUGAAGAAGAUUUUGAUUGGUUUAAAACGUACGCCGAACUCAAACCAAUCUUGGAUGAACUCGUACCUGAUCGUAAUGCAAGAAUAUUGAUGUUGGGAUGUGGAAAUAGUACAUUGACAAUCGAUAUGGUCAAUGAUGGCUACGCAAACAUUACAAAUUUGGACUAUUCGGACAUUCUGAUUCAGAAGAUGAAGAUACGUCACCCAGAACAGGAUUGGCGAACGAUGGACGUGAGAGAAUUGAGCGAGAAUGCAGAUCAACUGGGAGGUGCUGAAAGCUGGGAUGUUAUCCUGGACAAAGGCACAAUGGACGCUUUGAUGGCCGAGCGUGGAUCUGUUUGGGAUCCUUCUGAUACCGUUCGAACGAACGUCAAGCGUGAGAUUGAUGGUGUACUUCAGUGAGUAUGAUCGAAACUACAGAAAAAAAAAAGAAGUUAUAAAACUGACGAUACCCCUUAUCAGCCUACUCAAACCAAAAACGGGAAUUUUCAUCUAUCUGACCUGGAUGCAACCUCACUUCCGAGCACCCUACAUAGAACGUCAAGAAUGGACACUCGAAACACGCACGUUAGGAGAUGCAUUCCAC